GCGCGCCGUCCAACGCGUAGGGAGCGGACGACUCAGUUUAUCGUGUCAUAUUAUCCGUUUUUUCUUGUGUUGUGGCUCAUUUUAUAGGGCAUGGAAGUUGUCAGCGGUGUCUGUAGGCCUCAAGGAAGAUUGUGUAGGCCUAUCGUGUCUAUGAGACCUCUGUAGCAUCCCUGGGCACCUCCAUCCCUCCCCCGCCACCGCUCCCAGGGUCACGUGGGGUCUGUAGCCAGUAUGUCCUGCCCUGGGGGUCCACGGGCCACAGGGGGGACAGAAGGCGGGCAGGGCUCUCCUCACGGGGCACUGGGGGCGGAGGACCAGGCGGAGCGGGGCAUCACCACCACCACCGCCGCCAAGAUUUCCAGUGAAUGGCUGGCUGGCAGGGGACACAGCGCUGGAGCAGACCAUGAGGAAGGAUCAGGGCCGUGACACCCCCAUCUGCCACUCCACCCCAAGGAACAGCAUGAGAACCAGGCCGUGAUCAUGUGGACGGACGCACAAAUGUCACUGAUUCUCUGUCUGGCGGCAUGAGCACCAGGGUGUGAUCUCAGGAGGACAGAAGCUCAAAUGUCACUGAUUCUGCAUUCAUUCUCUCAUUGGAGUUCUUCACACAAAGGGUUCUCUCAUCACCUACUUCUAAAGAUCAAAGAGAGGGUCAGUCGGGUUCUAAUGAGUGUUUCUUUAAGUUCACGGUACAGAAGAAGCGUCAAACUACCUCCUGGGUCAUAAAACUACCCCUGGAAAUGCCCCAAGCUCCUACGAAAGCCUUGUCAAAUAGGUGAACUUGGGCGAUGAAAUAUUUUGAAUUACGACCCUUACACUAACCAGCCUGCCAUGCCUCCUGAGAACACCACCUUGUUUUUCCAUGCUCUGGAGUGGCGGAGAAGUGGAGAGGAAGGACAUAACAUUAGCAUAGUGACUCCACCAGUGACAGAACCAAGGAGUGGAGAUGAGGAAGGAGACAAUGUUAACCGAGUGACUCCAACUGUGAUCGAACCAAACAUAAGACUCGGUGAUGAUGUGGCGGAAAGUGAGUUGGUGUUAGAGGAAUUUGAACACCCUGGAAAGACUAACAUAACCUCAACUAGUCCCGGUGAAUUAAAUGAGGGCACCAGAGAAAGGCUGAAGUCUGGUAGUGUUGGCAGCCCCUCUGUGUCACAUCCCAGUACAGGAAGUGUCAGAGUUGGCCCUAGAGGGAGUAACGUGCUCUGGGGUAGUGAGGACGGCGUGGUGCACAUCAGGAGGUUGCCAAGACAUAAAUCCAAGAAGCACCAAGCUGUUAUGGAAGACGACGAUUCGUUAACACAUGAAGAGAUGAUCGGUACAGAGGAAUUAUCGCCGCAUGUCCAUAGCAACACAACAACACAUGUCACAACCCACACUCAAGGAACAGGAGACCCCUCAACACAAGAAGAGAUAAUCGUCACACAAGAAACAGAAGAAUUAUCGCCACAUAUCCAUAACACAACCACCCAUGUCACAACCCACACUCAAGGAACAGGAGAGAUGAUCGCCACACAGGAAACAAAAGAAUUAUCACCACACACCCAUAACACAACCACCCAUGUCAUAACCCACACUCAAGCAACCGAAGACCCAGCACAAGAACAGACCUAUGAAGGAAGAUUACUAGUGAACACAGAGGGAACGGCAGACACACCAACGCAGCGCUUUGAAGAAAUCACAAAUACAGACGAAAAGCAAGAAAUACCAACCCUUGUGCCUGAUGUGUGGGUGACGGAGAGACCACGAGGGAACACAGAUGAAGCAGAAAACCCAGCAACACAACCCCAUGGAGAAAAUAUAAUAAACACAGACAUAAUAGAAGAUAUACCAUCCCUUGCAUCUGACGUUUGGGUGACGGAUAGCCCAGCAACCGAGGACUGGCUCACCGACACACCAGAGGAAGAGAAGGACAUAGAGGAGGGAUUAAUAAGGAGCGAGAAUGCACCAGAGGUUAGACUGACAAGCAACGAGGAUGAUUUGAGAAGAGAUGGACCUCAAGGAUGGCAAACUGUUACAUACGAGGAAAGUUCAACCGAGGGAUUUGACAAGAGUGCAGCUAAUGUUUAUCCAGGCAGCGAGUGGUCAACCGUAUCACCUGACGAGCAGUUAACGAGUCUACCUGAGGACUGGCUGACCUCGACCCCACAUCCUGAAGACGACUGGUUGAUGACGAUCCCACAAGAUGAUGAACAGGUUACGGAUUUACACGAAAGGCUUCCGUCCCUCCCCUCCAUCCUUCCCUCCCUCUCCCCCACCCCCUCCAUCCACACCCCCACCGCCCCUCCCUCACUCCCCCCGACACCCUCCCCACAGGACACAGUGGAGGACAGUCUCAGAAUCACAACUCGGGGUCUCGACUUUCUCCUUGAAGCAUCCCCGACAGGUCAGUCAUCGGUGGACGCCACAGAGUUCCCCAAGGACGACCUCUUCACCCUUGACCUGACCAUCACCACUACUAGAGAAGGGCUCAACGCUGACGCUCGGGACGUGACCUUCGACCCGAGCCAGAUAGCCAAGGCAACCAGUUACGAAGGGUCAUCUUACCCCACGGCCACAAGAAGCGCGACGGUGACCACGACUUGGGUUGACAAUGACCAGUUCGCGACCCUUGAGCACCAGAAUUUGACCCUGAAUGAGGAGUUGGUGAGGCCCAGUGCUGUUGGUGACCUGAGUGACCUAUCGACAGAGCUACGAGGUCAUGGUCAAGGGAGUGAGGAUGUAGAAAUGUCAACACCAGAAGUUAAUGAAGAGUUUGCAAUGCCUCAGUUAAAUGGGUUAUCAGAGGGGACAUAUGAGGGCUCAGACUCCCAUGGUAGAUCGGAUAGCCUCUCUCAAACACACCCGUCCAUUCCAGAGGUGAGGGAUGGAGACACAACCACUCCCUCAAGCCUCACAGAAACCCAGAAUGAGAACAGCACAGAAAGCCCUAUACAGAAUGGAGAUAGCACAGAGAGAGAAAAGCAGAAUGAAGACAGCACAGAUUUCCACGAGAGGCUUCCGUCCCUCCCUUCUGAAGACAGUACAGAGACCCAGAAACAAGAUGAGGACAGCACAGAGCAACCCGGAACCACCUUCGAGUACAGCAUCCACCAGAACCACGUCAACACAAGUGGGGUCAGGUUAGCCGGGCACCCGAACUUGAACUUGACUGGCGUGAGGAGCGAGAGCACAGCGAAGGGUAGCGCCAACAAGACAGAGGAGGCGGUGAUGUACGAGAUUCCGGUUGUGAUAAGGAACCAUGGACAGGCACUUACCCCAUCGAUGGUGGUGGCACUGUCCGUAUGCUGUGCUGUCGUGAUGGUUCUGGCCGCUCUCAGUGUGGCGCUAUGGGUUUGCCGGCGCCAUAGAAACCGCAGCAAGAUAUACCUCAGUAGGGAAGCAGCCAAACCUCGCGCUCUCUUCACCCGGCCUAUGAACCCUGCCGUGCUACCCGAGGAAAGCGACCAUGAGAAUGCGACCGUUUACAUGCUCGAGUUCCAGCGUCCAAGACCUCCGAUCAUGCUUGGCGACGACCAGAAAGGGAUUUACUUCAUCAAACGCGACGAGGGUGAAACGGAGGAGUGUAGAUUAGGGCUUGGGGUGGAGAACGGAGCCUUUACGGACGUGCCGCUGGGUGAUGGAGAUCAGGGGCGGCCGAGACUUGACCCCCCGAAAUAUGACCUCACGAGCAAACAGGAUGGUGACGCAGACUCUGGCAUUCGGGUUUGGUCGUCCACGGGGUCGCUUCACGCUGCCAGUUCGCCCCUACCCACGCACUGCAGGGUUCCGCCGCCCCCUUACUCGCCCUCCAUCAGCAAGGAGUCCGUGUGUCUCAGCGUACACUCCCUGCCUUCCCUCCCAAGGAAUUCUCAGCUCUUCGACGUGUGAUUGCUUCCUGAUGUUUGUGUCUUCCCUCCUCGCCAAGCUCAUGUGUGUGUCCGUUCCUUUGGUUGACUUUGUGUGUGCUGUUUGUGGCAGGUUCCAUUGUGUGACAAGUGUUUUCUUGAUGCCAAGCUGUCGUGUAAUAUAUAAUUUUUUGUGUGUAUUCUAUAAGCUCAAAAAACGAGGUAAAAGUGAUGUUCCCAGGUUUUUGCAAUACCUAAGAAGCACAGUUACGAUUCUCUCACUUAAAGACACGCCCUCCCCCCCCCCACUCGAUAUCUCACCAUUCUAAGCUAUCUAUCCUCUGUGUUGUGAAGCUUCCUUACCUCAGCAGGAAUACUACGUUAGUGUUUGUGGAAGUAGGAAAAUCUUCACUAAACAUUGUCAGUGAGUCAGUGCUGUGAGUUCUGUGAGCAUAAUUGUAAGUUACCUAUCUCUAAGCCUUCUGUUUACAGCUAGCUUUAGUUUACCCUCAACUGGGGGUACACUAACAGAUCUCAUAACAAGGGAGGCUGCAGUUGUCUGGCACCUGAAACAAGUAGAGUUGAGCACCAUGAUGCUGCUGUGUUGAGUCAGGAAUUCUGGCUGUUAAUUAUUGAUAGCUUGGAGACAUUCAUUAGAAACUUUUACUUGUGUUCCUGUGUUGUCCCUCCUGGCAUGCUGCUUCCCAGAGGUGCUUCAAGCUGUGUUCAGGACAGGCCAAGAAGUAGUGCCAGAGAUGUGGAGAUAUUUUCUUAAUGCUUCCUUUGCAUGGCGAUGACAAUGACAUAAUACCAGCACACGGACACUCAAUGCAAGUUUCCUCAUAAGUUCGCUGAUCUCUACUAGCUCUAAAAACCCUAGCUCUUAGGGGUGAAACCUGAUUCUCAGUCUACAUUAUGAUCCUCAAACAAUCCUUUGUGUUGAAGACAAUCUUGGUGUUACACAAUCAAUCACUGUAAUAUACUGCUUCUGCUGCUUCAAGAGUAAUGUUUGUGGCAGCCUGUUUGUACAUAGUGUGUGCUGUUUGUUUGACACGUUUGUGAUGACCCGUGUGGCUGCUUCAAGCACUGUCACCGCCCGUGUGCACGGAGGGACCGUUGUUAGUCUGCCCUCUUGUGACCCAGUGAACAAAGCAUCAGAGCACAAUGAGGCGUUGAACUUUCCCUGAGAACGCAUCUGGCAAUGGUGUUGUAGACAUGUCUGUCUUCUCCCUGUGACCUGUGAUUAGUGUCCUCCGGGCCCAUGGUCAGUGACGGGUCCCCUCAGUGUGCCUCCCAGAGGAGCUGUUUUCCUUGCUGUGUCCAUGCAGCACUGGGUGGCUUGUUGUUGGCCUAUAUGGAAGUUUAAAAGAACUGUUUGUAAAUUAAGAAAUUUUGAACUUCAUGUUACAGUGAUGUGCAUUUUGCUUCUAUGGUUCAUAACUUUCUUUGGCACUGUUCCCUGGUCCAGCCACCGGUGGUCAGUGAGCCGGGCAAGGCAGGAACACAGACACGGUGUCCAGGAACACUUGGGCCAGGAGAUUAGCAAAGUGGGAAUGUGUAAAUGUAUAAAUGUAGAAAAUUGGUACAAAGGUACCUGAGCUAUGAUAAGGUCCCUCUUACCAACUCAUGUUGUUAAUUGUUUGCAUUGUUGGUAUGUCCACACACACACACACACACACACACUAUAUAGUAGAACAUUAUAUAUAUAGUAAUUAACCAAAGACUUCUUAUGAUUGUUCCAUUUUACAUCUAGUCUAUGACUGAAGUAAAAAAAAAUAUAA